GCGAGCGAAGGCGCGCGGAGCUGCAGUGUCUGGCAGACAGUCCCCGGGGAAGCGUCGCGCCCGGGAGGCAGCCGUCACAGCGCAGGUGGACGCGGCCCGCCGGGUCCGCCAACCGCCGCCCCUCCCCCCGUGGGGGGUCCCGAGCUAAAGAUGGGAGGCACAGCUCGCGGGCCGGGGCGGAAGGAUGCGGGGCCGCCCGGGUCUGGGCUCCCUCCCCAGCAGCGAAGAUUGGGGGAUGGUGUCUAUGAUACUUUCAUGAUGAUAGAUGAAACCAAGUGUCCACCCUGUUCAAAUGUACUCUGCAAUCCUUCUGAGCCGCCUCCACCCAGAAGACUGAAUAUCACCACUGAGCAGUUAACAAGAGAGCAUACUCAGCACUUUCUGAAUGGAGGUGAGAUAAAGGUAGAACAGCUGUUUCAAGAAUUUGGUAGCAGCAAAUCUGGUACUCUUCAGUCAGAGGGCAUCACCAACUCUGACAAAAGCUCUCCUGUUGUUUCUCAAGGGAAAAGUUCAGAUAACUUAAAUAUAAUUAAAUCCAGCAGUUCAUCCAAAGCACCCAAAGUGGUGCCUCUGACCCCUGAGCAAGCGCUGAAGCAGUACAAACACCACCUCACUGCUUAUGAGAAGCUGGAAAUCAUCAAUUACCCAGAAAUUUAUUUUGUUGGUCCAAAUGCCAAGAAAAGACAUGGAGUUAUUGGUGGUCCCAAUAAUGGGGGAUAUGAUGAUGCUGAUGGGGCCUAUAUUCAUGUCCCUCGAGACCAUCUAGCUUAUAGAUAUGAGGUACUGAAAAUUAUUGGCAAGGGGAGUUUUGGGCAAGUAGCCCGGGUCUAUGAUCACAAACUUCGCCAGUAUGUGGCCCUGAAAAUGGUGCGCAAUGAAAAGCGCUUUCAUCGUCAAGCAGCUGAAGAGAUCCGGAUUUUGGAGCAUCUUAAAAAACAAGAUAAAACUGGUAGCAUGAACGUUAUCCACAUGCUGGAAAGUUUCACGUUCCGGAACCAUGUUUGCAUGGCCUUUGAAUUGCUGAGCAUCGACCUUUAUGAGCUAAUUAAAAAAAACAAGUUUCAGGGUUUUAGUGUCCAAUUGGUACGCAAAUUUGCCCAAUCCAUCUUGCAAUCCUUGGAUGCUCUCCACAAAAAUAAGAUCAUCCACUGCGAUCUGAAACCAGAAAACAUUCUUCUGAAACACCAUGGACGCAGUGCAACUAAAGUCAUUGACUUUGGGUCCAGUUGUUUUGAGUACCAGAAACUUUACACGUAUAUCCAGUCUCGUUUCUACAGAGCUCCGGAGAUCAUCUUAGGGUGUCGCUACAGCACGCCUAUUGACAUAUGGAGUUUUGGCUGCAUCCUUGCAGAACUUUUAACAGGACAGCCUCUGUUUCCUGGAGAGGAUGAAGGCGAUCAGUUGGCUUGUAUGAUGGAGCUUCUAGGGAUGCCACCACCAAAACUUUUAGAGCAAUCCAAACGUGCCAAGUACUUUAUUAACUCUAAGGGCCUACCUCGCUACUGCUCUGUGACUACUCAGGCAGAUGGGAGGGUGGUACUUGUUGGGGGUCGCUCACGUAGGGGUAAAAAACGGGGUCCUCCAGGCAGCAAAGACUGGGGGACAGCACUGAAAGGGUGUGAUGACUAUUUGUUUAUAGAAUUCCUGAAAAGAUGUCUUCAUUGGGACCCCUCUGCCCGCCUGACCCCAGCUCAAGCAUUAAGACACCCUUGGAUUAGCAAGUCUGUGCCCAGACCUCUCACCAUUGACAAGGUGUCAGGGAAACGGGUAGUUAAUCCUACCAGUGCUUUCCAGGGACUGGGUUCCAGGCUGCCUCCAGUUGUUGGAAUCGCCAGUAAGCUUAAAGCUAACUUAAUGUCAGAAACCAAUGGCAGUAUACCUCUGUGCAGCGUAUUGCCAAAACUGAUUAGCUAACAGACAGCUCAGAGAUGCAUAUGUAUGUAUUUUUAAUUACCUUGCAAACCUGCAAAUGGAAAACAAUGCAAGCCCGUUGGUGGAUAUGUUUUUGUUAGACUAGACUUCUUUUUUUUAACAAGGCAAAACAUUUUUAUAUGACUAUAAAAGAACUCUUCAAGGGCUAAUUACCUAACCAGCUUGUAUUGGCCAUCUGGAAUAUACAUUAAAUGACUUUUUAUAGGUCCAUGCAUCUUUGUUAUUAUCAUCAGAUGUACUUCAACCUGUGUAUAUCCUAUUGGUUUAAAUCUCUCUUUCAAGAUGGAUGGUAUACCAAAAAUAUAUGCUGACUACUCCUCUCUUGUCUCCCUCAACAUCUAUUCUGGAGGGGUAAUUUGGGAUGUGGUGGGAGUUGUACAUGAGAGGCAAAACGAGAUCUCUUGCUCCAGGAGUCCAUUAUAGGGGCUCAUUCUAAGUGAAAGGCUCACAGCAGAAUAUAGGGUGAGGGAGCACCUCAGAGCUAUUGGUCACCUGUACAAUUGGUGUCAUUGCUUUCCACUUCCCACGAUGUGUGGUGUUUUUUAUUUGUGCUUUUAUUGUUAUUAUUAUUUUGCCACAGCUUUAUUCCCUGAAAGCAUUUUACAGACAUCUUGCCACCUUACCAAAUAACCUUGUAGGUUACUGAUGGGGUUUGCAUAAGUUCCUCAAAGGCUUGUGUGUUAAAGACUUGGUCCCCAGCCCUUCUUCAAUUCUUUUGGGAGGUGGUAGAACCUUUAAGGGGUGGGUCCUGGUGGAAGGUUUCCAAGUCCUUGGGCACUUGACCUUAAAGGGAAUUGUGGGACCCUCGUUUCUUUCUCUUCCUCUUUUGAUUCCCAGGUUUAAAGUGAACGGUUUUGCUCUGCCAUGUGCUCCCACCACAGUGUGUCAACACAGACCCAAAGCAAUGAGGCCAAUUGGUCAUGGACUGAAACCUCCAAAAUGUGAGCCAAAAUAAACCUUUUAUCUUUAUAAAAAUU